AUGGCUUCACCAUCACCCAAACCACAGAAAAAACUUUCAGAAUUUCUAAAUGAACAACAAGAACCUUUCAUCUUAGAACUUUACUUACUAGAAAGAUCAAAUUCCUCAAAAACAUUGACUUCAACUUCACCCAACAAUUUCCAAAAACCUUCAAGCUCUUGCUUCCUAAACAAAAAGAGAAAACCUCUCUUUCCGUUUUGUAAAAUUUUAACAUGUGUACACAAAAAGAAGCUUCCAGCAGCAAUCAAGAAAUCCUAUACUACAAACAAACAUCCCAACGUUGGUAUCACUCGCGAAGCUAACAACGCUGAUCAAACACAAACAGCUUCCGAAACAGAUCGUUUCUCAACUGCUAGCAGCUCCACCGUGUUCCAUUCAUGCUCAGAUAUUGAUGAUGAAGAAGACAGAACCUCGUUUUCGUCUCACAAAUAUCAUAAUCCUCUGUUUUCUUCAGACAGUGUCUGCAACACAGGAAUCCAAAGCCAGCAAGGUACCGACAACAGAAAGUGCCACCAGAAAUGUAUAAAAGUGUGCGUGACACAUGAAACAUUGAACAAGGAUGUUUGUGUUUGCGGGGUGGUUGUGCCUAAGAAAAUCAGUGAGGAAUCUCUAUUAUCAGCUGCUAUAUUUAGUUCACUCAUUCAAACAGCAAAGAGAGAUCAGAAGAACUAUACGAAACAACUGCGACAGAUUCUUGAGCAUAAAAGGGUGUUGCACAAGACAAAGAAGCUAUUAUUUGAUUGUGUGAAAGAAUUCACCAAAAAUAUGAAGAAAAAAGAUUGUAAGAAAUUCAUGGGAGCUGAAAAGCUGGGGAAGAUAAUAUGGAAAAGAAGAAAGGAAAGUGGUGGAAAUUAUGAGACAAAUAUUACUAAUUUGUUGAAUCUGGAUUACUUGGAUUCAAUUAAUGAGUGGAGUGAGUUUAAGACAGAGAUGAAAGAUAUUAGUAUUGAGAUUGCUGAUGCGAUAUUGGAAUGUAUGAUGAAAGAUGAAAUUGUGUGAAUGAUAUUGUGCCACCAACCAUACAAGAACAAACUUAAUUUAUGUUGAUGUAAUAUUUCAUACCAUAAACUUAAA